AGAGUUUCUAUCAAUUUUCCAGCAGGCGUCACAGUUUUUUGUAACUUUUCAACACGAAGAAAGGAAACGUAGUUCAAUUUAGCAAAUUAUAGCAGCCGGUCGUCCAAAGUUUCAGAAAACUCACCGGCGAUUACGAACCCCCAAAUGCUUUGCAAAUCGCUCCUUUUGACCGCGCCAUGUACGGUGCUGCUUCUGCUGGCCGCAGCAGCGCAGUCGGCGGCUGCGGCGCAGUCAGGACUGCAGCCAGGUGGCAAGUUAAUCGAGUUGGACGAGGACAAUUGGCACCUGAUGCUCCAGGGCGAGUGGAUGAUUGAGUUCUUUGCCCCGUGGUGCCCGGCCUGCAAGAACCUGGCUCCCACCUGGGAGCGCUUUGCCCGCGUUGCCAAGGAUGUCCAGGUGCAGGUGGCCAAGAUCGAUGUCACCACUUCGCCCUCGCUUAGUGGGCGCUUUUUUGUCACUGCCCUGCCAACCAUCUACCACGUAAAGGAUGGCGAGUUCCGUCAGUAUCGCGGCGCCCGGGAUGGCGAUGCCCUCCUGUACUUCGUGAAGAAGCAGCAGUGGCAGAGCAUCGAACCCUUGUCCGCCUGGAAAAAGCCCGAUACCAUCCACAUGUCCGUGCUGUCCUACUUCUUCAAGCUGUCCCACACUCUAAAGGACUUCAACGGGCGGCUUCAAGAGGAGUACGGACUGCCCACGUGGGGCUCCUACGCCCUCUUUGCGAUCGCCACCAUCUUCGUUGGCGCCGCCCUGGGGCUGCUGCUCGUGUGCCUUGUGGACUUUGUGUAUCCACCCAAGAAAUCGCAACGCCAGAGCUUCUCUGAGUCCCAAGACAAUCUUACUGAAGGUCUGGAAGAUUUAGCCACCGAGGAGAUCGAGGACGAUGGUGAGGUCGAGGAGAACGACGAUGAGCAGCGCGAGAGCGACGAGGAGGAGCCUGAGGACGAUGAAGAGGAAGAGGAGGAUAGCGAGGAGCAAGCGGGCGAUUUGGCAUCUGAGGGGAAGGAAGCCGAAGGUGAGCCGGAGAAAACCGGAAAAACACAGCCCAAGCAGGUUGGAGAUUCUGCGCCCGAGAAGACGGAACAAGUGCGCAAGCGUAAGCCUCGCAAGGGCGACUAGGGGCAGCCAAAUUCCCCAGGAUCACCAGGAUCACUAGCCUUAGCGAUCAGAAGCGGCAACAAAAAGACUAACACACAGAAUCGAGAGAACACAACCUCUUACCAAGCAUCAUUCGAGCAGAUUUCCUGCUUUGCCUUCGCGCACAAAACUUAUGUUUUCCCCACUUAAUCCUAGCCUGAUACUGGCAACCCAUGUAUUUCUUAAUUAUGUAAAAGAAAAUUAUAACCCGUUAAGCAAAAACAAGCGUAACAAUAACUAAAUUUAAAUGUAGUCAUACACUUUUAUUUUCUUUUGCCAAGCAUUGUAUUCUCUUAAGCAUUUCAUUUGUAAUUGCAUUUCAAAUUGCAAAUUGUAUUAAAUUUUCGUAUUACAAAAUAAACUAAAGACCAAUUAAA